GGCGGCGGCGGCAGUGCACCGGAGCAGUGCAAGUCAGAGGCGAGGAGGGAAAAACCGGCGCGCACCGUCUGCAGUAGGAAACGCCGAGCGGAGCGAGCCCUCUCCCCAUGCCUGCCCAUCUCGCCCAGGGGGAGUACCCCCCAAAUUUCUCCACUGCCUUUCCUCACGUGGCCCAGAAUGGGGUGGCUAACACGGAGAAGGAUCGUCCCAACAUGGAGAAGGACCAUCCCGUGUAUGAAGAUUUGGGAGCUGGGAGAGGUAUGACGGAUGACAUUUUUGAUGAGACCUAUCGUGAGAAAACGGGCCCCAAGCCUGCCACAGUCUACGUCUGGAGGAACAUCAUCCUCAUGGGACUACUCCACCUAGCUGCCCUGUAUGCCAUUUUCAUCAUUCCUGCCACAAAGUUCGCCACCUUGCUGUGGGGAUUUGUGUACCUCAUCAUAAGCGGCUUGGGAAUCACAGCUGGAGCACACCGUCUUUGGAGUCAUCGGUCUUACAAAGCCAGCUUGCCUCUCCGGAUUGGCUUGGCUAUUGCCAACUCCAUGGCUUUUCAGAAUGAUAUUUAUGAGUGGUCCAGAGACCACCGUGCCCACCACAAAUUCUCCGAAACGGACGCAGAUCCCCACAAUGCAAGUCGGGGCUUUUUCUUCUCCCAUGUCGGCUGGCUGCUGGUACGCAAACACCCAGACGUCAUCGAGAAGGGCAAGAAAUUGGACCUGUCUGACCUGGAGGCAGACAAAGUUGUGAUGUUCCAGAGAAGGUAUUACAAGAUUUCAUUAGUGAUUCUGUGCUUCUUUCUGCCUACCUUUGUGCCUUGGUACUUCUGGGGAGAAACCUUUUGGAACAGCUUCUUGGUGGCCGCCAUCCUCCGCUACGCCAUCAUCCUUAACGGCACGUGGCUGGUGAACAGCGCUGCCCACAUAUAUGGCAAUCGGCCCUACGAUCAACGCAUCAAUCCCCGGGAAAACCGCUUGGUUGUCUUUGCAGCUUUCGGUGAAGGCUUCCACAACUACCAUCACACCUUCCCCUUUGACUACUCCACCAGUGAGUUUGGCUGGCGGUGGAACUUGACCACGACUUUCAUCAACCUCAUGUGCUACCUCGGCUUGGCGAGUGACUGCAAAAGAGUAGACAAGGCAACUGUGCUGGCACGGAAAAUUCGGACUGGGGACGGUAGCCACAAGACUGGUUGAAGGCUUCCCCAUCCCAUGCUCUUGACCACCUCAUCCUUCAAAGAGCCUGGGCAGAAGAUUAAUGUUCCGUUCACUUAACUACCAAGCAGUUAUCAGGAUGCUUUAAGGUGAUGACUCUAACCCCCUGCAGCUCUGUCUUUUGAACCAGUGUAUUUGAGACCUGUAGCUUUUCCUGUACUGGUGUAGGUGAUGCCUUUCUCUCCGUCUCCCUGAUGAAAAAAUGUCUCCGUGUGAGUGUGUGUUUGUGUGUGCUCCAUUUCUCAUUAAGAGCUAGUAGAGCAUCCUGCCCCUGCUGACAUCUCUGUAGCCAAUCAGAGAGGUGAGCUAUCCCCCAAUAUGGCUGCACCAAAGCCGGAGACUUCUUUCCACAGCAAUAGCAGUAGUGGAUGCUGGACGAAGGGCCAGCUGUCUAGCUCUUGAAGCUGGAAAGCUGUCCUUUCUCCAAGUCUCUCUUUCUUGAAGAGAAAUGAGGUGAUCUCUCCUGCCCAGGACUUUGGUGUCUCCUGGAGACAGAGAAGGUGUGUGUGUUAGAGGUUAGAGUAGGAAUAGAAAGGAAAAAGACCUCAAAGGCUGUUCCCUCCCCAGAAAUAGGGGGGAUUGGUUUGGGCAAAUGGAACCGGGGGAAUCUGCCGCCUCUCUGGAGCCGUGGCUGUUCUUCCUCUCCCGUGUCUGGCCUUUGAAAGUGAGAGGCCGACUCUGGAUUCUAAGAAGCCUGCCUAGGAAUGCUGAACAGCAGAGCCCGUGGUUGGUUUCCACAGGAGCAGACUUAGUUGUGGAGACAUGGGCAUGUCAGAGAAUGGGAUUCUUCCUCAGAAAGGAGAAAGAGGGCGGUCGUGGAAGGCAUGGGGACCAAAACUAGACUCAGUCUGGAGAACGGAUUCUUCUUGAGGUGGACAACGGUGCUGCAUGUUUUGUUUUUCCUAUUCAGCAUGCCAUGGUUACUCAUGUUCUAUCUGACCCCGCUAGCGAAGGAUUGAUGUCAAAGGGCCCAGAAGAGCAGCAAUAGGUUCCCUUUGGGGUGCUAUUCUGCAAUGCAGGGGGCAGGCUGCUGAAAGAUCAAGGCAUUUGCCCUUUUUUCCCACUGCUGUAUCAGUUCCCAGGGCAUGGUGGUGCUGUUUUUUUUUAAGCAUUCCUUUUUUUUAAAGCGUGGCUGGAGGGAGAAAUGUAGCUGCCCCUCCCUUCCUUGGCAGGGAGCUUCUGAAAGAAGGCGAAUCAGUCAUUGUGGCCCUGGAGCAAGUGAUGUCAUGGUGUCUGAGGAAGGGGGACUGUUUGCACAGAGACUUGGUAAUUUUUUAAGCCGUGGAAGGUAAGAAAGCAUUCACUCAAAGCAGUCACACACCUGGAGUUACUACAUCAGUAUUUGGGCCUAGUGAGGGGUAAGAGCCCAUAACUGUGGUGAAUGGGAUAGCUAGAAGUGUGGAGGAAUUCGUACCAUCAGCCAUUGUGUGCAAGAGGGAAUCUGGAGAGGUGCCGUUGAUUCAUUCAUUUCAAAAUCUGUGCAGCAGGAGUUCCCCCUUUCUGUCCCUCUCCUCGUCAUGCAGGAUAAGAGAACUUGUGUCUGCACCAUUUCCCUCUUCUACACUAUUAAAGACACAGAAUCUCAGCUGUCCUUUUGUAUCCUGCCACCUUAACAACACAUGAGCAGUUUCAAACACAUACUGCUCUUUGGUUGUCCUACCAAAGCGUCAACAGGAGGGUUAAAGAGCAAACCAAUUCAUGGCGUUGACAGUCCACUGAACAUUGCAGCCAUUCUUAUUCCCCUCUUCUACACUCCGGUAAGGGUGGAGGAAGAGAAUCUGCCGUCCGUUUCUCUAGAUGUGAGCUGGUCAUUGACUAACCUGAAGUCUCAGCUUUAAAAUGAUCCAUUUCAACAGAAAGCAAAACUUAGGCAGAAACGCCCAAGAAAUACCAGUCCCGUACCCUAAAUCAGUGUAUCCAAGCCCCUGAAGCCUUCGUGCUGGGACGUGCCCGAGCAUGAACUGGGCGACCAGCCAAAGCAUUUCUGAUUGCACCAGCUUACUUCUCCCUUGGCCAGAUACAAAGACGUCAACAUCAAGCCGUAGCUGGGUUAGCAUGAAGGGAGCAGCGUUCAUAUGGCCUGCAGGCAUUCGAAAAAGGGCUCCUGGACGGAUUCGAAGGAAGCACCUUUGUUGCAAGGAAAAAGUCAAAGGACUCUGGACUCUUUAGUUGAGAUAGUUGGGGGUGGGUGGUCUGUACAAUUAUUGCAGAGUACUUCUUUGUGUAACGCAGAUGUAACUUCAGGAAUUCAUUGUCAUCAGGGGCCACUUGCGUUGUUGGCUCCAAAGGGAAUUAGGCAAAUGAUUUGGUAUGCCUCUGAAUUCCUGUCUGUGUAGGAAAGGGAGCUUCAUGCCCUACUUGAGGGCUUUCCAGAAACUUCUGGGAUGGAAACAGGGAGCCAGUUGAGGUGGCCUGACCCGACAGGGCUCUUGUUGUGUUCCGAUUGCUCCCGAGGAGAAACUCAGCCAAGAUGUGUUCACUGCAGACAAGGAGACUUGGCAUCAGCUGUGGAGCUUUUUCCCUAGCGGGCCCUUGAAACCAGAGAAUAACAAACCUCUCCUAGCUCGAGACCGAUUGUGCCACCUGAGAACCUUCAUCAUUUUUAGUGCUUGGUACAAGGAAGUGCUUCUGCACUUUCACCCUCUCACUGAACCGGCUUGCAAUGUGAAGAGCCACAACCUGAAGCAGGCUUUCUUGUCCUGCAAACACCCUUAAUUCAUUUCCUCUUCCUUUGUUUAAGUGUACCUUUGGUGAACAGGCUUACAGUAGAGAGUUUUGCUAGCUUUUGACACAUUAUCUUUUUAGGGUGAACACCUCUGACUUCUGGGGCGUGCACCUAAAAAGGAAAAUCAUGAAUGUGGCCAAUCGGUGUUUGGAGAAUGUGUCGGACGGCCAGCAUUGGUUGCAGUUAGCUGGAGCAUGGAGACUUCGUGGCAUACAUUUGUCAUGGAUGAAAGAAUCUGACUUCCUCAGAAACAACUCGAAGGUUCCUGUAGUGUGUCUCCUUUCCCCAAAAUUAGUGUUGAAUUUGCUACAGGCCAUCCAGGAUUCAGUAGGUGUAUUGAUGGAACGCCUGCCCCCCUUUGUGCAAAGAUGCACUCAGCUAAGUUGUGCAUUGGGUUCAUUGUAUUGCUGAGCCAAACUCUCAUGCAAAAACCUUUUAACUGCAAGAAAGGGGUUCGGGGGUGGGGGACAGAGUGUGUUCCAAAAUUUUGCUUAAUUUAUCUCCUGUUUGCUGACCCCUUAUCUGUUUUCCUUGGUGCCCUCCCCCCGCAAGAGAAUUGUUAACAGAGCGAUUACUAUAUGAGUCCAUCAGAUUUGGGCACAUCAGAAGGGAGAGCAAUGCUUCCUCUGGUUGAGGGUACUUUUUCACCCUCCUGUGGCAGUUUUGUUGACCAAACAAGGGGCCGUGUUUUAUAAGGAGCAAAACUUGUCACACUAUA